AUGGCAUUUUACAUCAAAGGUCCAGACUUUGCAGCACUGAAGAUAGAUACUUUUAGGUUAACUCCUCAAGAUCAGAAACUCACAUUCGUCCAACAAACUGUUGUUACAGAGUGUAUCGAUUUUUCUGGACAUGAGUUUGGGUUUUCAUUUGUUGAUUAUGAAAACAUUUUAUCAUUCGCCCAUCCUCAAGAUAAAUCUGUUGAUGUUAUGGGUUUAGUUGUCGCAGUUGCUGAGCUACAACGACAUGAUCCAGAUAAAUCUAAACACAAGAUUUGUUGGUUUGCUCUUACUUUCUUUUAG